GCAAGAUAUAUAGUUAUAGUAACGUAAUUACGCAUGACGUUCGCGUUCAGUCAUCAACCAGAGACAAGUAUAAAAAAAAUAUUGACGGGUACGGUACCUAGAACUUGUAAUUAGGUAUAGUUAUACUGACAAUGUUUUUAAAGUGCUUUGCCAGUAUUCGCAUUGGCCACCGCCAAGUCCGCCAACUCCAACAUUCUUUUGACUGCAAUGUCUCGUGUGCGAUAGUGUGCUAACAACUGUUUUUUUGUUGUUUUUUUGUGUUGUUGGUGUACUUAAUAUUUUACACGAUAUGUACAGGUGCAAAGUAAUAACAAAAGAGCGGUUUUACCGAAUAAAUAGAUGAUUAAUACAGUGAAAAAUGCAAUUAGAUUCUAUAGCUUGCUUCUUAGCGUCAACCGCUUUGGCCUUUGGUCUAUUUGCAGCUGCAUUUGACAGUUUCUUUUGGGCGUUGUUCCUUUGCUGUCUCUACGUUGCCGGGCUGCUCUGGGGAGGCCAGUUGAUCUGCUUGAUCACAAAAACGUUGGCAAAUGAUAAUCCAAACGGGAUCGAGGUGACUGAUAAUGCUGUUGCUGCUACCACUAUAACUGCUAAGGCUACCGCAAACUCUUGUGGCGUUUGCGGUAAUGAUCAGUGUAAAAGACACCGUCGGCCACCACAUUACAAUCCUGUUCCCAAGGUUCCCAAAGGAUUUGAUAGUGCUUUGGAAAAUCUCUUGGAAGAAAUUUUAAAAACAUACGUUUGCACGUGGUACUCGGAUUUGUCGUCAAAUGAUGCCUUUGUUCAACAAUUAAGAUUAGCAAUAGCAACAGCAGCUACGAACGUUACCAACAGAUUAUUCAAGUGUGAUCUCUCACACAUUAUAUUCAAUCACCUCAUACCUUUGGGUGUUCAUCAUGCUCGCGAUUGGCGAGAGUUGAAAAAAAGAGCCAAAGAUUUGGGUGGCAACCCCACGGAUCACAUUCCAGAUUAUUUAGGUUCAAAAAUACAUCCGGCUGCUUACUCCAGGGAAGCAGAACUAAAUUAUCUCAGAGGCAUAGUUGCCACUCUUUUACCACACCUGUUGCCUAUCACGCAUGUCAACACCAAUAACCAAGUUAUACUUCGGGAAGUUCUUGCCAAUUGGGUUUUACUACCAGCCAUCGAUGCUCUAGCUGAUCCAGACAAUUUAAACAUGUUGAUAUCUCUCUGCACUCAUAUAGAUGGAAAAUUUUCUCAAUCGACAGAUACCAUCUACGUUCCCAUGUUACACACUUGGAUUUCCAAUCCUCAGUUACCCCAAGGUAUAUCAAAUACCUUGAAACCAUCUUUGGAACAAGUAUUAAACGAUCCACAAUUGCUGUACAUGUUUAUGCAACACAUCAAAGAUUCUGGAUUGGUGAAUUUAUUGCAAUUUUGUCUGGACAUUGAUGAUUUAAGCAAACGCAUGUUAAAUCCCGAAAUCACGCCGGAACUCGAAAAAACUUUAUAUGCAGAUGCUCGAAGUAUAUACUCAACUUAUCUUGACUCGGAAAGUCCAGAUUUUUUAAAUUUACCGAUGUAUAUUGCUCAAGGCAUGAAAGAAAUCCUAGAUCUUGGACCGAAAAAUAUUCAAGAACUAAGGACUUCUCGACCUUUAUAUGAAGCACAUCAAGAGGCUCAUACACUACUAGAAAAUACGUGGCUCCCUUCUUUUCACCACACAUAUCAAAUUUAUAAGUUUUUAUGUGGUGAACCGGUUAUAAAUACUACUGUAAAAACCAAUUCUCAUAACAGUAAUGCCAGUAACAGCACAGGCGGUGGUUUUCGCUUAAAAAGUCAGCUCAGUAAAAUCCGAGGUGUGCUCAAAGCUUCGGCAGUUGAGGGUGCGCCCUUCGUUCCGCACCAAGUUUUCCAAGCCGAGGAGGUGAAUUGUAUGCCGCGAACCGGUGUCGCUCAGUCGACAUCCUCGUCGACCUCAUCGACUGAGCGUGAUCUCAGCACUUGGCGAGUCAGUGUACCCCACGUCGAUGGUGGCGGUGCUCAGCCCCUCUACAUGGUCUCUGUGCACAGCGUGUCCGAAGACAGGUCCUGGACCGUACUGCGUCGCGAUCAGGACUUUUACGCGCUGCGGGCUAGACUCUCCGAGUUUCAUGGAGAUAAGGAGCUUAAUGACUCACCACUGCCUACAAGAAAGAAUCCUCAUCCAUCGUUGACGGCAAACAGGCAAAGGUACCAGGACUUUUUGCAGAAACUGCUUUCAAAGCCGACUUUGAGGAGCAGCGAGCUGCUGCACGCAUUUCUCACCGUGCCAAAUCUGAAGCCUUACUUUUCGAAUGCUAGCAGUACACCGGACAUUGGUGUCUUGUGCCAGAGCAUGGCGCACAAGCUGAGGAAAGAACGGGGUCAACAUCUUGACAAAUUCAUGAGCACAUUUCUGUCUUCGACAAACGCCAAGUCCGAUCAGCCGGACGUCGGUGUCGAACUGGCAGGUGAUCACAAUUUUCACGAAAGCCAAAAGAAGGGACGAGACCUGAUUAAAAUAGGGCCCUUUGGAAAUAAUUUGAAUUUAGAUCCAAGGAUUCAGAAUUUUUCCCACAUUGUAAAUAAAUUGCAGCAUACCAAGGGUGCUUGCUUUUGUAUAGCUGAAGCAUUGGAAAGUUUAUUAGAAGUACCUCCUACUGUUUCAAAAAUAAUUUGGGUACUAGCCUCUACAGUGCAUCAAAGUGUUGAUCCGUUUGUAAAUAAAUGGUUUUACAAAAUGAUAGUGACACUAUUGAGUGGCGGUAGAGCGGCGAUUGUAGUUAAACUUUUACACGAAGUUAUUUUUGAAACGGAAGACGUUGAUGAGGGAGCAAAAGCCGAGGAACAUUACAGAGAUGCAAAAGAUGGACUUUAUAAUUUGGUACCGUGGUGGGUAUUUGGUGUACAUUCCAAGUGGUGCGAUCUCAUGGAUUCGCUUCUAGAGCCAAUUCAGAACGCUGCUUUUAACAAACACCUGGCUUAUCUGUUGGUUGAUCAACUAUUGGUGAACUUGUUUCCUGAAGUUAUGUGAAACUAAUGUAAAAAUUUUUGUAUAAUAAGUAUGGUCGUUCAGUGCUGAAAACGAAUGCACAGCAAAGUACAUUUUUUGUCUGACAGUAAAAAAAAAACAAAAAAAAAAAAAAAACAGCAUUUACUAAAGUGAUAUUUUUUGUAAGAUGACGAUUGCACUUUUUAUUUAGUCAAUCAUUAUUUCUUUACUUAUGAUGGAGAAAAGAUUUUAUAAAUGUUCAAAUAAAACAUGGUU